UUCCUCCCUUGGGCAUGUCACCUGUGUCCCCAAAGGUUAGGCACAGCCCGUGCUGGUAGGGGCCAGCUUGCAGCCUCCGUGUGGGCACAGGAGGCUGAGGGGCCGGAGCGAGGCUCCCGAGGACCGUGCGAGCCUUAGGGACCUGAGUCUCCCUCAGCUCCGGGGAGAAUGGGGUGGGGAGUCAAGAGCGCAGCUGGGCCUGUUCUUGAACCUGCUCGGCCGAGGAGAGCCAGGGAACCUCUGGGGGCUGCAGCGGCCUGGGCGGGGGCUCCCCGAGUGGGGCCCCAGCUCCUAGAUUCCCAAAGGCAUCCGUCGCAAUGAGGCUGCUGAGUGGGGGCACCGCCUGGGGCGGAGGUGGCCCAGGAGUGCCUGGGCAGGGAGGGGCCGGAGCCCUGCGGAGGGAAGCCCCCUUGAACUUGCACGCACGGCAGGAGGCAGCCACAGCUCCCUCCCGGAACCCCAGCUCCGGACUGUUCCCCACUCUGCUGGACCCCAGGUGGGGGCGGCACAGAAGAGGAAGAAGAGCUGAAAGGAGGAAGAAGGCACAUUGGUGCCAGGGGAGAAGGGAACUGCCCACUUUUCAAAACUCGAGACCAGAUGAAAAGUCUACGCCGCCAGCGUCUCUCAGAAGCAGGGACGGAGGUCUUCCCGCCUCCUCUAGGCUGGCCGCCCUGACGGCAACCUGUGAUGCGUCCCCAAGCAGGGCCUUAUGCAGCCUGAGAUGUUUCGUGGCGAUCGCCCGGCUGCAAGGCCGUCCCCGCUGGUUCUCACGGGUUCCUCGCCGCGCCUGCUGUCCUUGGGCCGGGGGACCGCACUGCUGGACAGAGGCAGGUCCCCAGGCAUGCACAUUCUUGCACGCCCACUGCCGCCAGGGCCCCCCACCCCCCGCUGCAGAAACCCACCGUCGUGUCUGUGAUGACCCCCUGAGGUCCCCACGGUCGCCUCUUCUCAGGUGAGGGAACCGAGGCCUGGGGGCGCCCCGUGACCUGCCUCGCCACUGUCCCCGGGCAGAGAGCUGGGCAGCACCCGGGCCCAGGGAGUUUGGUGCCGCAGCCUCAGCGCUACAGCUUGACACUCCUCCAACGUGGAGAGGGAAGGAGAGGGUGCCAGAGUGGGCCUGAGUGGCCUUGUGUGACCUUGGGCAGUCUGGGCAGGCGCCGGGACACAGCCGCCAGCAGGACGGCCCCCUGCCCUGGGCCCCCACCUGUAGGCACCCCGCUUGCAAGGACCCUGCCUGCCUCCCACCCCGGAAACUCGGGGAGCAAAGGAACUCGGCUCCUGGGUGCACGCCUAUUUGUGGGCAAAGGAACACGGCUGAGGGAGAGCCCUGGGGGGCCGUCCUCAGCCUGGGAUUGCGGGUGCGGCGGGGUUGGUGGGAGGGAUGCGUCCCAGGGACGUGGAGGAAACUGGUUUUCCAGCUGCCCUCAACCUUGUGCCCUGUGUCUCCACGGCACAGUUAUGGAACCCGGGCAAAGACGGGGACCCUCGCGGCCCGUCUGAGCACCGUCCCAGGGAGAA